AAGAUUAGUCUUCCAACUCUUUCCUGCUAAUUUAUGGUCAUGAUGGAAUGGUCUUUGGUGAAGUGCUGCUUGUGGGUUUCAUUGGUGUUACUAUUUCAAAUUCUUGAUCAUGGGGGGGUGUUUGGGUGCUUUGAAGACGAGAGGAUUGCUCUCUUGGAAAUUAAAAAGGCUUAUUCCUUCAACUGGACGACAGAUGAUGCUGGACAUGAUGAUGGCAGAGGGAGUAGUACUGAUUGUUGUGAUUGGGAGCCAGCAGUGAUCAAGUGUAAUGCAACCACAGGACGAGUCAUUCAACUCUCUUUCAAUGAUAUAAAGGGAUUUGAAAAUGGAUUUGAACAUUAUGUUUCCCUAAAUGUUACCUUGUUUUCUGCUUUUAAAGAACUGCAACUCCUCAACUUAUCUUAUAAUCGCUUUGAUGGUUUAAUAGAAAAUGAAGGAUUUGAAAGAUUGGUUGGAUUGGGAAAGCUAGAGGUCCUAGACCUAAGUGGAAAUCUCUUCAACGAUAGCGUUCUUCAAUCUUUGGGUACGCUUAAGUCCCUUAGGAAAUUGUCUCUUUCCGGCAACAAUCUUGAAGGAUCUUCACAUUUUGAAGGAUUUAAAAGAUUGGUUGGAUUGGGAAAGCUAGAGGUCCUAGACCUGAGUGGAAAUCUCUUCAACGAUAGCGUUCUUCAAUCUUUGGGUACGCUUAAGUCCCUUAGGAAAUUGUCUCUUUCCGGCAACAAUCUUGAAGGAUCUUCACAUUUUGAAGAACUAGCGAAUUUACAUAACUUGCAAUCAUUGGAUUUGAGUUUUAAUGCAAUUGAAGCCUCCUUGCAAAUAAUCCAAGGUUUCAAAAGAUUUGGUGGAUUACAAAUGCUAGAGGUCCUUGACCUUUCACAUAAUUUCUUAAAUAACAGCAUCCUUCCAUCUUUGGGUACUGUCAAGUCCCUUAGGAAAUUGUCCCUUUCUGCCAACAAUCUCGAAGGAUCUUCAUAUUUUGAAGAAUUCUUAUCUAAUAUGCAUAUGUUGCAGUCAUUGGAUCUGAGUUUUAAUUUCAUUAAUGGGACACUCCCAGGCUUGUGUCAAUUGAGGAACCUUCAUGAGUUAGAUCUUAGUCGGAAUGAUUUUGAAGGGGUUCUUCCUCCAUGUCUCAAAAAUUUAACAACUCUCAGGAAGUUAGAUCUGUCAUAUAACCAUUUAAAUGGAAGCAUCCCCUCAUCUCUCAUACCCAGCCUAACAUCCCUCGUUUCCAUUUCUUUGAGCUUUAAUGAUUUUGAUGGCCUGUUCCCAUUCAUCUCCUUUGCUAACCAUUCCAACCUUGAAUCAAUUGACCUUUGUUGUGCUGGAGACAAAUUCAAAGUGGAAACUGAAUAUCCUUCUUGGGUUCCUCCAUUCCAAUUGAAGGCACUUCUUUUGUCAAACAACAAUCUCAAUGUUAUUCCAAGAUUUCUCAAUAACCAAUACAACUUGAGACAGGUUGAUCUCUCCAGUAACAACCUCAGCGGAACUUUCCCCAAUUGGUUGCUGGAGAACAAUAAAAUGUUAGGAGUUCUAAUCCUGAGAAAUAAUUCAUUGAGUGGUCAUAUUGUCCUACCAUCCAAUAUUGUCCACAAGGCUGCAUACUCUAUAGACAUUUCGAACAAUGGCAUCAAUGGACUGCUUCAAGAAAGCAUCGGAAGGAUCUUACCAAACAUAGAGAACUUGAAUCUAUCCCACAAUUACUUUGAGGGUGGCGUUCCUUCAUCAAUAGCUAACAUGAAAAGGUUGAAAUAUUUAGAUCUGGCCAAUAAUAAUUUCUCAGGAGAAAUUCCAGUAGAGAUGGCCACAAGUUGCAAUAACCUGCUUUUUUUAUUACUUUCAAAUAAUAGAUUGCAGGGUGAAAUACUUCCUCCAUAUUUCAAUUGGACUCAAUUGAUAGGAUUAUAUUUGGACAACAACUCAUUCUCGGGAAAUAUCUUAACUGGGUUGUCCAAAUUCUCUGAAUUAAAAUUUCUGGAUAUUGGAAACAAUUGGAUAAGAGGAAGAAUACCUAAUUGGAUUGGUAACCUCACAAACCUGUACACACUCGUCAUGCGGGGUAAUUCUUUACAAGGAAACAUCCCAGUUGAGUUUUAUAAGCUUCAGCAAGUCGAGUUCAUUGACCUUUCCCAAAAUUUACUUUUGGGUUCAAUACCAUCAAUAUUGAACUCAACAACUUUACAACAUCUACACCUGGAAGGGAAUAGGUUCACUAGGACUCCACCACCAACUCUACGUUUCAAUGAUUCAUCUCUUUUGACAUUGGACAUUGGAGAUAAUGACUUAUAUGGUGUUAUGCCAAACUGGAUAGGUGGCCUUUCUGAUUUGACAGUUCUUCGCUUGAAACAAAAUCAUUUCAGUGGUUCAAUACCGAAUUACAUUUGCCAAUUGUCGAGGAUAUAUGUAAUGGAUCUUUCCCAUAAUGCCCUUUCUGGAUCAAUACCACAAUGUUUGAAUAACAUUUCGUUUGGGAGAGGCGCAACACUUGAAAUCCUUGAUCAAAUUGAUUUUUUCGACCAUUUUUUCUACAGUUCCAUUGAAGUUUCUCUCCUCGGUUAUUAUGAAGAGAAUAGCAGGAGAUUGACUCCAUUAGAAGAGGUUGAGCUCAUUAUGAAAAAAAGGUCCGACUCUUACAAAGGUAUCAGUCUUAAUUUGUUGUCUGCAUUAGAUUUAUCCUGUAAUAACUUAACAAAUGGCAUCCCAUCUGAAAUAGGAGAACUAGAAGGAAUUAUUGAUUUAAACUUGUCUCACAAUCAGCUAACUGGACCCAUUCCAAGAACCUUGUCAAACCUAACCCAAGUAGAGAGUUUAGACCUUUCCUACAACAACCUGAGUGGGGAGAUCCCUUCAGAAUUAUCCAUACUAUGCUCAUUGGAGGUCUUCACUGUGGCACACAACAACUUAUCUGGUAAGCUACCAGAGAUGAAGGCACAAUUUGGGACGUUCACAAGCACCAGUUAUGAAGGCAACCCAUUCCUUUGUGGUCCACCAUUACCAAGAGAUUGUUCAUCAACAGUACCUUCAAUUGGAGUUAGGAAUGAUGAUGAUGAUGAUUAUGAUAUCGACAUCAGUGCUUUAUAUGCAAGUUUUGCCGCUUCCUAUGUCAUUACCUUGUUUGGAUUUGCAGCAGUUCUCUACAUCAAUCCUUAUUGGCGGAGAAUGUGGUUCCGUUUCAUUGAGCAAUGUAUCGAUUCAUGUCAUGAAUUUGUGUGUGAUACCUGGUACAAGUUAGUCAUCCGUGCAUCUACUUAAGAUAGUUUCCUCUAUCUUGUUUUAUAAUAUGUAUAAUCUUUUUUUUUUGGUACAAUGUAUAAUCUUGAUUAAGAGAGUGAAACCAUGUAAUAAUAGCCCGUGGGAGUGAAUGUCUCGGAUCCAAUUUCUCAUUCGCUAUGUGGGGGAUGGAAAAUAAAUUAAAGGAUGCCCUUUUUUUU